AGUCGAGGCUUUGAGGGUGGGAGGAUAAAGUACAAAGGCGCACACUUCGUGAAAAGAGAGGGACGACACCCACUUAAACCAGACCACCUUGAUUUGCAGCAAAAUUCAAAUCUCACAGUCCAUUGUUCCUCUGGAUCUGUACGGUAAGUCCUUCAAAAGAUUUUCCUUUUCCCGCUCGGUGCUCACGACUGAAAAGGUUUUCAGUUGAGCGCUGUGAAGCUCUCCGUUGUUGGACAAGAUUAUCAUCUGCUAGAUGAUCGGCUGAGUUCUGAAGCUAUAACUGUUACUUUAAGUGUGUGCUAUUCAUGGCAUCUUCGGUUGAGUCUGUCCCCAUAAAGUUUAACUAGAUGGAAAGAAAUGUGAAAAGAGGUACUAUAGAUCAACAUAGUAAUUAUGAACAAGUUCGAUUUACUAAUUUGGAAGCAAGAAAUCAGGGACUUGGGUCUACAAAUCAAAGAUCUUUCCAUGAUCCAUCGAGCAACAUCAGUACCAAUAUUCGACCCCCUGAAUAUAAUAUGAUAGUUGGAGCUAGUCCUGUCCACAACUACUCCAUUCAAACUGGCGAGGAGUUUGCACUUGAGUUUAUGCGAGAAAGGGUGAAUGCCAAGCAUCACUUUGUUCCCACAAAUAGUCCAGACCCAGGUGCUACAACAGGGUACGUGGAUUUAAAAGGCAUUUUGGGAAUUCCUCAUGUAAGUUCAGAAAGUGGAUCUGGCAUUUCCAUGCUCAACCCUGUAGAAAAAGAUCAAGUCCAACAUUUUGAAAGAGGGGGCUCUUCACAUGAAGACAAAAGUUCAUACAAUUCAAUGAGGUUUGACCCAAGAGCCUCAUCAAGAAAUGAUGUUAAUCGAGUUCACAGUUUUACGUCUUCAGCAGCAUCUGAUAGUUCAUCAAGAAAGGUGAAAUUCCUGUGCAGUUUUGGUGGUAAAAUUAUGCCUCGCCCUAGCGAUGGAAAACUUAGAUAUGUUGGGGGUGAAACACGUAUUUUCCGUAUAACCAAGGAUAUUUCUUGGUCGAACCUGCUGCAGAAAACAUCAACAAUUUACGAUCAAGUUCAUACUAUUAAAUAUCAACUGCCUGGUGAGGAUCUUGAUGCAUUGGUUUCUGUAUCUUGUGAUGAGGACUUGCAGAACAUGAUGGAGGAAUGUAAUGUAACAGAAAAUGGGGGCUCAACAAAGCCGAGAAUGUUCUUGUUUUCUAUUUCUGAUUUGGAGGAUGCUCAAAUUGGUGCUGGAAGUGCAGAGGGUGGUUCAGAAAUUGAAUACGUAAUUGCUGUAAAUGGUAUGGACCUCAGUUCAAGAAGGAUCUCAACGCCCUUGGCUAAUACAUCAGGGAACAAUUUAGACGAGUUACUAGCCCUUAAUGUUGGACUAGAGAGUCGUCAGGUUGCUCCAGAAUUGUCUGAUAACAUGAAAUCAUCUUUGACCAUUGCUGCACCUUCAAUAUCUCAGUCCUCUCAAACCAUUUGGACAAAUCCAUCUAGUGGUCUUAAGUCCAAUUUACAACCAUCGUCAGGACAAAAGUUGCAGCAAGUUGAUCCUGGGCCUCCCCAACUCUCUUAUUUCCGCCCUAUCCAGAGCUUACCUGAAAAAGUUGGAAAGACUUCAGUUCCUUCAUCUAUUCAGUCACAAAAUGAUUACAUUCUCAAUAACAAUGCAACACCUGUAGAAAAUCUACCUUCAUUGCCCGGCAAAGGGCAUGUGAAUCAACAUGGUGGCUUAACUACAGACCAUCCAAUUGGUAGCUUUAUGCAAGAUUCAGAUGCAUUGUUAAAAGAGGGGAAAGUGACAGAGACCACAACUUCGAAGAUGAAUGAACCUGAUAAAAUUCAAUCAUUGGAGAAGGAUGUGCCAUUUAAGGAUGCACAAAUGACAAGGGAAGGCUCACUCCAUAAGAUCGACGAAAAUAAUGAAAGUCAAAAUUUUGAACAUGAAUACUUAAUUCCAUCAAACUUAAAUGAUGCUUCUGUUUUGAGUUAUAACACAAAAGGAGCACAGGUAAUUAAUUCGGACACAGAUGUAGGAUCAAGUUUACUGCUUACGAAAAGCAACAAGAAGCAUCAAGAUACUGCUCAAGAAUCAUUGCCUCUGGAUGCAAGUAAUGAAGGGAACAGGAAAACUGAAGAUGAUAAAUUUUCAUCCGAUGGACUACCAACUUCAGGUUUUGGUGCCUCUGAGGCUCAUGAAACGGGGUUUAGCUACCUUGAACCAAUUUUACCUCAGCGUGUUUUUCACUCUGAAAGGAUUCCAAGGGAGCAGGCUGAAUUGAACCGUUUAUCCAAGUCUGAUGAUUCCUUUGGCUCUCAAUUCCUGAGAACUCAGGGAAACUCUGAUUAUUCUCAGACAAUUAUCGAAUCAGCUGAAACAUUGCUGGAUGGGAAUGCAACUCUACAGGCUGAGAAAUCUGUUUCAUCUUCAAAGGCACCACAUGGAAAUCCUCAAACCGUAGAAGAUGGAUUGGAGGCAAUUGAAAAGUACAGAACAUCAGGAGAUACAAAUAAUAAAAUGAAUAUGAAUAUUUCAGAUGAGCAUGAUGCACCUGAGGUCAAUGAUAUGUCCAAUAUAAAAAGUCCCUCGGCCUAUAGGAAGGAAGCAGGAGGUUUGGAUCAUCCUACAGCAAGUGAAGAAAUUUCUGACAAGCAUAAGGAGGAAUCUUCUAUGCGACCACCAGAAUCAGAUUGGACUGAUGGAAGUACACAUAAGAAGAACCAUGGAACUGAAACUCAAGAGCAAGCAGAGACUUCAUCAUUGACAGAAAACCCAGGUAAGAAUGAUACUCAAGUGGAGUCUGGAGUUGGAAUUGGCACUUCAGAGCAUGGGGACAUUCUUAUUGAUAUUAAUGACCGCUUUCCUCGUGAUUUCCUUUCUGAUAUAUUCUCAAAGGCCAGAAAUUCUGAAAACAUUUCUGGCAUCCCUCCAUUGCAUGGUAAUGGAGCUGGCUUGAGCUUGAAUGUCGAGAAUCAUGAGCCUAAGCGUUGGUCAUAUUUUAGAAACUUGGCUCAGGAUGAGUUUGUUGGAAAAGAUGUUUCCCUUAUGGAUCAAGACCACCUGGGCUUCUCUUCCUCACUUGCAAACAUUGAAGAAGGGGGUACCAUGAACAGGUAUCCCCUUUUACAUUCAGAUGUAGGUGCCAUUUAUCACAGAGACUCUCAUAUCAAUUUUGAUGACAACAUUCAGCAUGAAUCACGUCUGCUCACGGGACCCAACGCUACAAAUAUAUAUACAGAUUACAAUUCUUCAAAGCUCAAGGACAACGAAAGCAUCCAGUUGGAUGAACAUAGCACGAAAGCCCCACAAGCUGGCAAUGCAGAUGCAAAGUUGGAUAUCCAAGAUAUUGGUGUACCUCUUGUUGAUUUUUAUCUUGAAGAUUUUGAUAUUAGUACAUUGCAGAUAAUUAAGAAUGACGAUCUUGAAGAGCAGCGAGAAUUGGGUUCUGGAACAUUUGGUACAGUGUACCAUGGGAAGUGGCGAGGUACAGAUGUAGCAAUUAAGCGGAUAAAAAAGAGUUGUUUCACCUGUAGGUCCUCAGAGCAAGAAAGAUUGACUGUAGAGUUUUGGCGUGAAGCUGAGAUUCUUUCAAAGCUUCACCAUCCAAAUGUGGUGGCCUUUUAUGGUGUGGUGCAGGACGGACCAGGUGGGACAUUGGCCACAGUGACUGAAUUCAUGGUCAAUGGCUCCUUGAGGAAUGUUUUACUUAGCAAAGAACGGUACCUGGAUCGUCGGAAGAGACUCAUUAUUGCAAUGGAUGCAGCAUUUGGAAUGGAAUAUCUGCAUUCAAAGAAUAUUGUGCACUUUGAUUUGAAGUGCGACAACUUACUGGUCAACUUGAAAGAUCCUUUGCGGCCAAUUUGCAAGGUAGGAGAUUUUGGCUUGUCAAAGAUAAAAAGGAACACCUUAGUUACUGGUGGUGUGAGAGGGACACUUCCGUGGAUGGCUCCAGAACUACUUAAUGGUAGCAGCAGCAAGGUUUCUGAAAAGGUCGAUGUGUUUUCCUUUGGUAUAGUCCUAUGGGAGAUCCUUACUGGGGAAGAGCCUUAUGCUAAUAUGCACUACGGAGCAAUCAUAGGAGGCAUAGUGAACAACACAUUGAGACCGCCAGUCCCCAACUUCUGUGACCCCGACUGGAGAUUGCUGAUGGAACAGUGCUGGUCUCCUGACCCAGUAGCCCGGCCGUCUUUCACAGAUAUAGCGAGGCGCUUGCGCGUGAUGUCUACGGCUACCCAAACAAGAUCACCGCAGAAUCAGACACCUAAGUAAUUGUCUUCGAUGAUUCAUACAUACCCACCUUUGUUUUGCUUCCCAAGUUAAGCAUGGAUAAGAGUUGUUUACCUAGAUGUACUCGGUUACUAAAGUAUAAGGCGAGUGUAUUACAUAGUAAUAUAUGAAUAAGGGGCUGCCUCUGGAUAAACAGAUUUGUAGGUUGGUUUCAGAUAUCAUCGUCGAUAGCAAGAUUGUGGUUUGUGCGACACCUGAGGAAUUUAUUUGUAUGUAAAGUCAAUGAUUUAUGACCACAGUUGACAUCAACAUAUACAAAAAGAGAACAAUGGGUUACCAGCCAAUUGAAGUUCAUAUUGCGAUUUUUAAUGUAUGUUUCUUAAAGUUAAUUUCUGGUA